UAUGAUCUGUCUGCCAUCCUCACACUUUUCAAGAAAUCUACAAAUCUCAAUAAAUACGAACUAGAGAUUAGCUAUUCGUAUGAAUACCACAUAAUUCGGUGCACCCAGUUUAGUCACGUGACUUUGACGUCUCUCACCGAUCAUAAUGACAGGCCGACCGCCCUAUCUGGGCAUGGUCAACAGACAAUUUCAUCCCCAUGGUCAACAGCCAAUUUCAUCCCCAUGGGCAACGCAGCAUCCCCUGGGACUUCGAUUCGAUAUACCUUCCCGGAUACGAGGACGGGGUGUCCAAGGGAGGAGCAGCGCCACCAGCUACCCCACUACCGGGGCCAUCGUCGAUACCACCACCACCACCAGCGUGACCAUGAUCAGCAUCAGUCGGAGCACAGCUACGGGGCGGGAGAAGUCCCGGUUCCCGAGGGAGGGGAUAGUUGCCACCCGGCCGAGGCCUCCGUCCCAUCGGAAGGAAACCGUGCUACCAGUUACAUGCGACACUUCACGAUGAGUCGUUACGGACCGGAGACCCUUUCCCCGUCGGACCACCAUCACCACCACCACCACCACCACCAGCAGCAACAGACUCAGCACCACUUGGAGGCGCACCAGCACCCUCUGUCGGCCCACCGGCACCUGGAGGAUCAGCAGCACCACAAAUCCCAGGACGUGGACGAGGACGUGGACAGGGUGAGCAGCAUCGGUGCGGCGAUGCGCGGCACCAGGGGUGACUUCCCCUUGGGGGUGCUCUUCCCGACCCUGGGGGCGGGUGGAGGGAGUGGAAGUUCCUCCGGGAACGACAACAUGGGCAAUCAUCACCACCUGGAGGACGUCCUCCCCGAGGAUCCCUAUUUGCAACACCACAUCAGAGCCGCGAGCGGGGGUCCAGGGGGUGGCGUUUCGCCCCCCGUCAGGACGGGCAGUUCUCCGGGAUCCAGUCGGAGUCCUCGCGAGGAUCAGGGUAUCUCUUCCCCUCAUCGGCACUCCCAGGAAGGCGGAUAUAGUCCCAACGACCAGGGGAGGCUGCAGUCCUUUACUCAUCUCACCGCCAUGCAACCUCCACCUUCGGUCCAGACCAACCAUGGACUCCAGGACACGGACCGGGUCACCGAGCAGAUUUACAUAGAAUCCAUUUAUGCUCAUCAUUCCGCCAGUACGCCUCAUCAUACCCAGGAUCACGAUCAAGGACCUGCCCCACAUUCGCCCAGUGGACCUCUGUCCAGUUCGCCGAUGUAUCGCACCAUAAACGCAGUCGGUACCAUGGCUGGAGGCGCCGGAUGCGGAAACGGGUACAGCUUGCCCUACAUGACGAGUAGCCCUACGGAGCUUACGUCGUCCCCGCAGCAACUAUGGUCCACUCAAGUUUCAGGCCUGACCACGUCGCUUCCCGCGAUAUCGGAGGACUAUUGCAGCAAGUCCACUACCACGGUGUCCCACCAGUCCUUACCAGCGUUUUCCCAACCCUUCAGCGGAAGGACCUCGUUUCGGGGGUACAGUCCACCGUAUUCGUCUCAUCAGACUACUUCUGGGGUCGUCAGCAGCGCCGCUGGGGAUGUCACCUCCUGGUCCUACCCUGCACAGACGGGCGAAAUCAUCUCGGCGCCGUACAGCCGCGUCGGGCCCUCGUCCCGACGUCAGACCCCGACGGCGCCCACCUCGCCAGCUCAACAUCAGCUGAGCGCGGCUGCCAGCUUGACAGCGAUGCGUACCAUCGAGGCGGAGUACUUUACCGAGGGCAGAGAGUGCGUUAAUUGCGGAGCUGUUUCCACCCCUUUGUGGCGACGAGACGGUACCGGACAUUACCUCUGCAACGCCUGCGGUCUGUACAACAAGAUGAAUGGAAUGAAUCGUCCUCUUGGUAAACCUACACGGCGCCUGUCCGCGUCGAGACGCGCCGGUCUCUCGUGCAGUAAUUGUCAAACAACGGCGACGUCUUUAUGGCGCCGCAAUUCCGGGGGCGAUGCGGUUUGCAACGCAUGCGGACUCUACUUCAAACUUCACGGGAUUAACAGGCCUUUGACAAUGAAGAAGGACAGCAUCCAGACUCGUAAGAGAAAGCCGAAGGGUGGGAUGAAGUCCUCCGACACGCCGAUACUCCGUGGAGUAGCUAAUGAUAACUAUGGGGACCCCAGAACGACUCACAACGCUCUUCCCCAAGUGACUUACGCCAGCACCCUCUACGGGAACUCACAACCGACCCUCUACGGCAACUCCCAGGCGCUCUACUACGACAUGAUCACUUCCCAGAAGCUGCCGCAACAGCAAGACCAGCAACAGCAACACCAACAACAGCUCAUCGAGGGUCAUUCCCCAAAAGUGGAGUGUCCUUCCCCACCCGGGGCCACCGGGUCCCCGGUUCUCGUGUCGGCUUGUCACUCGCCGGACAACCAUCAGCUGACCCCGUCGCAUAUCGUCACCCUGGGAAAUUCCUCGCCCAAUUCGACCUGCAGUAAAAUAAUGCUGGACAAUGGCCACCUAGAGAGACCCACGGUGGUCUCGAUAUCCUCGUAGGAAGUCCGCAAACCUCGAAACGACAUUUACCGAUCGCUGUGCAAAUGUCUUUGCGCUACUCGACUUCAGCUGAUGAUGACGAACUACUCAGGUGGAAAUCAGUGAAAACGAUUCCCUUCUUUGAAAGCGACUUGCCUUUGAUUUCAUAUGAUAAGCAACAAUGCGAUUCGAUAACAAGUGACGUCCGGUCUUAACCCUUUAAUUUAGAGACGCCACUAUAGUGGCUUCCGCAUGAGCGACGUUUUUUUAUGAAACGCCACUAUGGUGGCAUCCGCAUGACCGACGUCACACCUUUGACAUGUAACACGUAUCUCGAUGCUGUAAAUAAUAUUUCUUUUCGGAAGUUUUAGUAGCAUGCGCGUACCGUAUGGUACUGGGCUAAUUUUGUAAAUACUUCUCAUAGACUAAUGUAAAUUUGGAGUUAAGUUUCCUUUUUAGUAAGUUUAUCUACUUACCAGUACCAUGUCUUUAUAGACUUUACUAUUUUAUAUCGUUAUUUAGGGCAAAUCUCUAGACGUAAACUCGGCGCACUGUUUUAAUAAAUUGGUUAUGAUCUAUAUUCCCGUUUAAUAUCAUGGGUGACCCCGUAAAAAUUACAGUGAAAUGGCGUUUACAUAAGUAAGAGGACUAUUGUUGUUGAUUAUUAUUUUUAUUGGACAGAAAUAAAUAGACAUGUUUUACCGACUGGAUAAAAGGCAUUACAUUAUUGUGAUUGUAUCCUACUUCCCAUCCAUGGUUGAGGGGUAAUUUGAUCCUUAAUUUUAUUAAUAAUAAUUAUUGAGAUUCGCCUGCGGAUGAUGGAAUGAAUUAUCAGGUGAGUAUAAAGGGUGAAUAAGGAA